CUGUGCAUCAAGUGAUAGAAAAAAUCUUACUAGAACAAUUAAUGAUAGAAAGAAGUUCGGCCGAAAAGGGGAUGGAGGUUUUAGAUGACGUUAAUCUUGAAAAUUUCCUUGAUGAUUCCGAUGAACAGGAUGGGUAUCAUACGCCUCCUCCCAAAGUUAAUACAACUCCUACUUCGAGACUCCAAAGAUAG